AUGUCGAUGAUGGGGGCUGACCGAGACCGGGUGCGACGCCGCCCCGUUCACAGAAAGUCUGAGAGACGUAUUCGUGCAGCGAAGAAAGCUGCUCGCCCUGAGCUGUGCAAGAAAGAUGACUGGUCCUGCUGGAUCAGGGAGCGCUACUCAGACCUCGACUACUACGAAGAGAUCAAGAAGGUACAAUCGCGCGAUGGCCUCUCCAGAAUCGCGUACAACGAAGUUAGUGUUGACGAGUUUCGCGACAAGUGGGAGAAGACCGAGAAACCAGUUGUGAUUACUGGUGUUACUGAAGGCUGGCUGGCGCAAGAAAAAUGGACAUUUGCGCGUAUUCUCAAAAAGUAUCGCAACCAAAAGUUCAAAUGCGGCGAGGAUGACGAUGGAUACUCUGUCAAGAUGAAAGUCAAAUACUACAUGCAGUAUAUGAAUGAAACAAAGGACGAUUCCCCGCUGUACAUUUUUGACUCAAACUAUGGCGAGCAUUCUAAGCGAAAGCGACUGCUAGAAGACUACUGCAUUCCAAAAUAUUUCGAAGACGAUCUUUUCCGGUACGCAGGGGAAAAGCGACGACCGCCAUAUCGCUGGUUCGUUAUGGGCCCGGCUCGAUCUGGAACUGGUAUUCAUCAAGAUCCUCUUGGAACAUCUGCCUGGAACACACUCGUCCAGGGGUACAAGAGAUGGGCAUUCAUACCCAAGAGCGCUCCAAAAGACUACGUCAAAGUCCCGAAGUUUAUUGGAGGAAAACAGAAUGAUGAAGCAGUCACUUGGUUUGAGAAGUGGCUUCCUAAGUUGAAAGAACGCAACGAGUAUCCAAUCAUUGAAUGUAUUCAAGAGCCGGGGGAGACUAUGUUUGUCCCUGGUGGAUGGUGGCAUGUUGUUGUAAACAUGACGAACACCAUCGCUGUGACUCAGAACUUCUGCUCUGUUACUAAUUUCCACAUCGUCUGGCCAAAAACAGUCCGUGGUCGUCCAAAGCUCUCGCGAAAAUGGAUAAGAAUUCUUGCGCAAAAGCGGCCCGAUGUCUGGCAAAUGGCGCAAAAGAUUGACACCAAUGCUCCGACGGGAUAUGAAAGUGACUCUUCUGACUCGAGCUCUUCAAGUUCUUCCGAUGAUGAUUCCUCAUCCGAUGAGUCCGACAGCUCGAUUGACGAAGAGCCAAAAAGCAACGUUUCAAAUGAUCGCGCAGCAAGCGCCAAGUCGCCUCGUCCCUCAGACCAUCCUGACACAAAGGGCAUUCGCGCGCAGCCAAGCUGA